AAAAUAUAAUAAAAGUUAGAAUUGUUGAAAAAUAUUAAGAAAAGGGAAAAUUUCGAAGCAGAUUCCAACACAACUAAGAAAAGGACGGCAAAGACAUGGAACUGCUCUUCUCCCCAGAUAUCGCAAUCAAGCGUUGCGAUCGCGAAUAACCUUCAUUCCUCACACUACGUAAUUGAUAAGCGAGCUAUAAGUAAAUAUUGUAAGGAGCUCUAAAACUUCAGAACAGUUAUCAUUAUCAUCUUAUGAACUUUUAAGCCGCUUAUUUAUAAUCGUAGUAUUCCCUUUUUUUAACAAAUUUUUUUAUACUUGGUAUUGUUAUUCAUUGUUUUGUAUUGAGCUAAUGGUUCUAACUUGAUUUUUAAAGGAAUGAUCAUCAAUUUAAAAUUGAUUUCUUUCUCCCUCCUAUUUUAGAAAGAAUUCUGCUUAAUCAUAUGGAUCUUUGAAGAAAAAAAAAUAUUUCAAUAAAGUCAUUUAAAAAAAACUUUGCUUGCUUACACUACAAAUUAUUCCUGCUAUCCUGGUAAAACAUUUUAGACAAUAUCUUUUUGCAGAAAUGCUAAUUGUAAGCAAUGAGACUUCUUCACAGAGAAGGAAUUAGAAAGAAAGAAAGAACAUUAUCAUCAUAUUACGAAAAGUAUGUGUGCAUAUUUUCUUGCAAAACUGUGAUUUAAAUAACUAAAUAUAUCAUGUUUUGAGAUGAAUAGUGUUAUAAACAAGCAUCUUUGUGCCGAAAAUAAACCCUAGUUAAAUUGUACAGAUGAGAAAUUACUUAACUAUAAAUUGUGUUUCAGUUGUGGUGCUUUCUUUAAAAAAAUAUUCUCACAAAAAUUAAUUGAUUGUAGGAAGCAUAGUAAUUUAUUUGCAUUAAUUAGAAAGCAGAAAAUUCACAGAUUAUGGUGCUUUAAUUAGACACUCCCUUGUUCACAACAGUGGUAAUUUUAUUAUUUUUGUAUGUCUAUAGAAUCUUAUAUAAAUAAUGAGUGAUUGGGGAAAAAUGUUUUUUUUUUCCCUUUCUGUUCUAGUUUAAAUUGUUAUUCUUGUUUAAAUACUCUUGGUUCAUUUCAUUGAAAAACCUUGUUCAUAUUGUAUAGGUGAAAAAUCUUUCACACUGAAAUCUGAUUUAAAUAGAUAACUGUUUGGCUAUACUAUUGAUAAACUUUCUAUGUGCUUUCACACAGAACUUAAGGAGAAUAACCUGAUUUGGGCAGAAUGUGUAAUAAAAUAUUCUUGUACAACUCAGUUAAAAGAUCCCUCUGUUGUUCAUAUUUGUAAGAAACCUUACUUUUAAAAGUAUAUUUAAAAAAUCUUAUCUGGUUAGGAGUAAUAAAAAUAAACAGUUUGUUUUUCAUUCUGGAAUUACAAUAUGUGUGAUAAACCUUGCCCACGGCCCUAUGCAUGUAGUGUCAAUGACAUAUUCCCAAAGAAAACUGAUUUAAAAAAACUGCCACUAGCUCAUAAUGGCAAAAAAUCUUAUUCAUGCAGUGCGUGUGAUAAAUCCUUCACACUGAAAUGUAAUUUAAAGAGACACUCUCUACUUCAUAGUGGAGAAAAAACUUAUUCAUGCUCUGUAUGUAAAAAAUCCUUCACACAGAACUCUAGCUUAAAAAGAUACUUUCUUAUUCAUAGUGGCAAACAACCUUUUUCAUGCUAUGUUUGUGAUAAAACAUUCACACGGAAGACUUAUUUAACAGAUCACUCUCAUCUCCAUAGUGCAGAAAAACCUUAUUCGUGCAGUAUUUGUUCUAAAUCCUUCACACAUAAAAGUGGUUUAAGUAAACAUGCUGUUGUUCAUAUUAGAGAGAAGCCUUAUCCUUGUUGUAUAUGUGAUAAAUUUUAUGUGCAAAAAUCCCAUUUAGAGGAACACUAUCUUGUUCAUACCGGAGAGAAACCUUUUUCGUGCAACGUGUGUGAUAAAACGUUUAAGCAAAAAACUUGUCUCAAAGAACACCUUUUUGUUCACAGCGGAGAGAAGCCUUAUUCAUGCAGUUUGUGCGACAAAACAUUCUUGCGGAAGUCAAAUUUAAAAGCACACUCUUACAGUCAUACCGGAGAGAAACGUUAUUCGUGCACUUGCAGUGUGUGUGAAAAAACAUUUUCUCAUAAAUCGUAUCUGAAAGAACACUACACUGUUCAUACUGGAGAGAAACCUUAUUCAUGCAAUGUGUGUAAAAAAUCUUUUCCGCAGAGAUCUAAUUUACACACGCACUAUCUUCUUCAUACUGGAGAGAAACCUUAUUCAUGCAGUGUGUGUCAUAAAUCUUUCAGGCAGUCAUAUGUUACUCAUAGUCAUAUGUUCAUAUGUUACUAAUUUAAAAUAACAAAAGCGCUGUGUUUACAAAAAAAAAAUUAUUUUUUAAUUUAACAUGUAAUAAAUUUUUAUUCUAAUAUUAUGGGUGAAAUUCUCACAUUUUGUUGGGGAGAGGGUAGUAAUGCAUAAAUUAUUUCAGUCCUUGCAUUUUGUAAAUAAUCAUCACAGUAAAAAAAAAAAAUGAAAUCCAUUGCCGAAAUAUAUUGGGAUAUUUAAAAACCAAUAACUACCAAAAAUACAAUCGAAACAUUACAUCCAUUUACAAUGCUGUCGGCGUAAAUUAAGCACGUCAAGAAGUGGUUGUUUAAAUGCACAAUUCAAAUAUUGCAUGUAAGUUUCUGUAGAAAAGAAAACUAAAAUUUUUUCCUUAAAAAAAAAAAAAUUCUGUAAGAACUCUAUAGCGUUCUGCCAUAAUGUCGCCAUGUCUCUGCGAUUCUGUCACGGAGGACAAAUCCACAUAAGCAACAAAAAAUUCAAGUUUGAAAUUUUUAUAUUCUGGUAUUUUAGCAUAAUAAACAUUGCAAAAAAAAAAAUAAUAAUCAGUUAUUUGAAAUUCUAUUUUAGUGUUAAUAAUAAUAUUAGCAGGGGAAAGGAAGGAAAAUAGCUAUCAAGUCUACUCCGCUUUUCUUGAAAUUUAUCACGAAGCAAACUUAACUUACUAAAUUUUUAUACUGGUAUAAGAAAUUAAGAGAAUUUGAAAAGUUGGUUGAUUAUCCCUAGAACUUACACUCCUCAUUCCAUGCUUAAGAAAACAUUCUUAAAUGAAGAAUUGGAAAAUAAUGAUAAAAUUGUUUAUUCUAAUUCUAAGCAUUUUGUGAGCAACCUUAUUUUUGCUAUAUCUGAUCUGAAUAAGUGACAUAAAAAAAUAUUUUAUUUUUCAGCCUGCAAAAGAGCUUUUUUCAUGCAACAUGUGUAAUAACUCUUUCAAAAGGAACUCUAGUUUAAAUAGUCAGCCUAUAGCAGGUUGACCAUUGAAGAGCUGCUUGCCGAAGUACUUAAACAUAUUGACUACAAUUAGGGUAAUUUUUAUUAUUAGGGUAAUUUUUAUAUUAUGCAAAAAAUUGAAUGCUUAUAAAUAUUAAAGUUCAUUCAAACCUAG